GAAGCGCGCGGUCGGCGGAAGGUCGCGGCGCCGCGAAACCGGCGGGCCGGAAGCGGAGGGCGUGAGCACCGGCCCGCCCGGUAAGGAGGCAGAUGUCCUUGAAGAUGAGAGACUGAAACAGAUAAAGAAAUGCUUACCCUCAAAAGUGUCACAAGGAAAGAGGAAGAGAGGCUGCAGUCACCUAGAAGGCCCAGCAGGUGGUCCAGCCAAAAACAAAGUGGCCAAGGUGUCUGUUAAAUCUGGGAGCCACAAGGUUAUGCAGGAUGAAGCCCUCAGUGAAGGCGAUGAUUUCAGGGACUUUACAGGCAACAUCAGGAAGGGGAAGCAUCCAAAGAGAGAGGUCACAGUGGACAAAGGCAGUGACAAAGAUGAGGAAGAAAGUGAGGAUGAGUGGGAAGAGGUUGAAGAACUUACUGAGCCUGUUCUGGGUGAUUCUGCCUCCUGUCCAUCUGUUCUGCCUGUGAAGCCAGUGGAGAUAGAAAUUGAAACACCAGAGCAGGCGAAAACAAGAGAAAGAAGUGAGAAGAUAAAAAUGGAGUUUGAGACGUAUAUUCGGAGGAUGAUGAAACGUUUCAAUAAAGAAGUACAAGAGAACACACAUAAGGUUCACCUCCUAUGCCUGCUGGCAAACGGCUUCUAUCGAAGUAGCAUUUGCAGCCAGCCAGAUCUGCUUGCCAUUGGCCUCUCCAUCAUUCCAACUCACUUUACCAAAGUGCCACCUCAGGAUGUGGACAUCCACUACCUCUGUGACCUGGUGAAGUGGUUCAUUGGAACAUUUACAGUUAAUGCAGACCUUUCAAGCAGUGAGCAAGAUAGCCUGCAGACAACACUGGAAAGGAGGUUCGCUAUUUACUCUGCACGGGAUGAAGAAGAGUUGGUCCAUAUAUUUCUCCUGAUUCUCCGUUCUCUGCAACUGCUGACCAGGUUGGUGGUGUCUCUGCAGCCCAUUCCUCUGAAGUUAUCUGUUGCAAAGGGGAAGAAACCUUCCAAGGAAAGAUCUAUAGAUGGUCCUGGAGCCUCCUCAGAACCUUCCUGCCAUAUUCUAAAAAGCCACGAUAAACCCAAGACAAGCAAAAGAACCAAACAAGAGGAAACAUUUUGUAAAGGCAAUAGCAAGACAAGUGCCAAAUGGAAGAGAAGCAAGUCUACUGCACGUGACAAGGAGCCGAGAAGGCUCUCCUCCAGUGAGGAAGAUGGGGAACAGCCAGAGGAAACUCAGAGUCAUCCAUGUGCUCAAAAGAAUGCCCGAGGACGGCGGGUGGCAUCCAGAGUGUCUUACAAAGAGGAGAGUGGAAGUGACGCAGCCGGCAGCGGGUCUGACUUUGAACUUUCCAGUGGGGAAGCCCAUCAUUCCUCAGAGGAUUCUGAACCUGGCCCUGCUAGGCAGAAGAGGGUUGUAGCUCCUCAGAGGACAAAGACUGGGUCCAAGAGAAAUUCCAGGACCCAACAUGGAAGCUACUGUAAGCUUUCAGAGUUUCCAGCAGUAUCUUCAAGCUUAUCGACCAGUAAGAGAAGCAAGAAGAUUUCCAGUGGUGGCCCAGAGGAAGAAGACAGGAAAGCUGGGGCAGACCAGUGGCUGGAGGUGUUCUGUGAGCCAGAGGAAAAGUGGGUGUGUGUGGACUGUGUGCACGGUGUGGUGAACCAGCCUGUGGUUUGUUAUAGAUAUGCCACCAAGCCCGUGACCUAUGUUGUAGGCAUAGACAGUGAUGGCUGGGUCCGAGAUGUUACUCAGAGAUACGACCCAGCCUGGAUGACAGCAACGCGCAAGUGUAGGGUUGAUGCUGAGUGGUGGACCAAAACCUUGAGACCCUACCAGAGCCCAUUUAUGAAAAGAGAAAAGAAAGAAGACUUGGAGUUUCAGGAGAAGCACCUAGACCAGCCUUUGCCCACUGCCAUUGGCACAUAUAAGAACCAUCCUCUGUAUGCCCUGAAGCGGCACCUUUUGAAAUACGAAGCCAUCUAUCCUGAGACAGCUGCCAUCCUUGGGUAUUGUCGUGGAGAAGCUGUCUACUCCAGGGAUUGUGUGCAUACUCUGCACUCAAAGGACACGUGGCUGAAACAAGCAAGAGUGGUGCGGCUUGGAGAAGUACCCUACAAGAUGGUGAAAGGCUACUCUAACCGGGCCCGGAAAGCUCGGCUUGCAGAACCUCAGCUACAGGACCAAAACGACCUGGGCCUCUUUGGCCACUGGCAGACAGAGGAGUAUCAGCCCCCCGUAGCAGUGGGCGGGAAGGUGCCACGGAAUGAGUUUGGGAAUGUGUACCUUUUCCUGCCCAGCAUGAUGCCCAUUGGCUGUGUCCAGCUGAAUCUUCCCAAUCUGCACCGUGUGGCCCGCAAGCUGGACAUUGAUUGCGUGCAGGCCAUCACUGGCUUCGAUUUCCAUGGAGGCUACUCCCACCCCGUAACUGAUGGGUACAUUGUCUGCGAGGAAUUCAAAGACGUGCUCUUGGCUGCCUGGGAAAACGAGCAGGCCCUCAUUGAAAAGAAGGAGAAGGAGAAAAAGGAAAAGCGGGCUCUGGGAAACUGGAAGCUGCUGGUCAAAGGACUGCUGAUCAGGGAGAGACUGAAACUCCGCUAUGGGACUGGGGCUGAGAUCAAGGCAGAAGCUCCCCACACAGCUGUAGGAGAUGGACUCUCUUCUGAUGAAGAAGGGACCAGCUCGAAAGCAGAAGCAGCCAGAAUCCUGGCUGCCUCUUGGCCUCAAAACCGAGAAGCUGAAGAGCAGAAGCCCAAGUGCCCCAGGAAGACCAGAAGAGGGACAGUGGCAGCUUCCCACCUGUUCCCAUUUGAGAAGCUGUGAUCCUGCCACCCCACUGCAGGUCUCCACCAGCCAGCGCUGGUUCUUCUCUGCCUACACAGGUAGCCAGACGGGGCUUGGGCACUACAGGCCAAAUGGAAGUCCUGCUCAGGAUGGGUCUGGUACCACCUCUUUUCAGGUCCAUGCAGGGUAGGGCUUUUGAAGCUUAGCAAAGCCCAUUCUGAAAUAUGGAGCGCUUCCUGACUCUGUCCCAGCCUGUCAGCCUUGCUACUCUCAUCUCUUUAGAUUUUUCACUGUAGCUCAGGCUGACCUGGAAUUCACUGUGGAGUCUCAGGAUGGCCUUGAACUCACAGUGAUCCUCCUGCCCCUGCCUCCCGAGUGCUGGGAUUAAAGGCGUGCACCACCACACUCAGAUAAUUUUUUUUUUAAAGAUAGAGUCUCAACCAGGCUGGCUUUGAACUCCAAAUCCUUCUGCCUCCACCUCCUAAGGUCUGGGAUUACUGGCUUGUGCCACCUCCCCCUGCCUUAUUAUUAUUUUUUUAAACAUAGAAAUCACUGGGAAAUUUCUGGGUGUUUGGCCAUUUAGUAAGGCUGAGGUCUUUACCUGUCAAGGGUUUGUUCUCUCACCUCUUCUGCAGACCAUGUAGUUUUUCUAUGUCAAGUUUCUCUGCUUCACUAGUCAGGAACAGCAAAUGAGCAGAACAAAUUUGUUCAUGUCAGAGCACUUUAGGGCUCUAUUUUGUGGCAGAAGACUACAACAAAAAGAAUUAAAAUCAAGAAAGAAGGGGAAAGCCUUAUUCAGAAUUAUGGAAAUGUUAGUAAAAGUGGAUCUGUCUUAGAUUUUAUUCAUCGCUGAAUGAAUUUACCAAGCUCUGUGCUACAGAUUCUCAGGAGAACUUUUGUAAAAUUUUGAGGAAAACAAAAUAAAAAGCAUUUACCUAA